UGCAGAGUCGCCGUUACAGUCUGGAGCGCAAACCGAGUUUCUCUGCAGCAUGACGGCCUGCGUCCUCAAAGAGGAAGGGCUGCUCUAAUUGGUUUGUCAAUGAAGGAUCAUCAAUAGUUCCCAACUUCCCUGGAGGGUCAGGGUCUCUGUAUGUGGACCAGUGCUUCUUGGAUUUAUCAACCGCCGGCUCGACUGUUUUAAACACCGAUUUAAAUCCCCUCUUCUCAGCACCUUCCGAAAAAACACGUGGAUUACAAAGGGAUCCUUCUCAAUACGCACGGCGGAGCUUCGUUUAUCCCAUUGUAAACAACGGAAUUCUGACCGUAAAAAUCGGAAUUGUGUUUUUCGAGGGGAAACAAGUGAAGUCUCCGCAGAUUUCAUCAUGAGCGACCUGGAAGAGGACUUUGCCAAGAUUUUAAUGUUGAAGGAGGACAGGAUACGGGACUUGGAGAGGCGUCUGGCGGACAGGGAGGACGAGAUCCAAGAAUUGAAGAGGAAACUGCACAAAUGUCAGUCCGUAUUGCCCAGCGCUCAACUUAUAGGACCGAGGACCAGGACUCGGGCGCAAGGCAUCUCGGCGGAGCCUCAAAACUACCAAGACCUGUCGAGACAAGCCUUUCGGAAAUAUGUCAAGUCCGACUGGUCUAAGGACCUGAUCAAGGAAGCCAUAUUGGAUAAUGACUUCAUGAAGAACCUGGAGCUGUCUCAGAUCCAGGAGAUCGUGGACUGCAUGUACCCUGUGGAGUAUGGCAAAGACAGCUGUAUCAUCAAGGAAGGUGACGUGGGCUCACUGGUCUACGUCAUGGAAGAUGGUAGGGUGGAGGUGACAAAGGAGAGUGUGAAGCUGUGCACCAUGGGACCUGGGAAGGUGUUUGGAGAGCUGGCCAUACUCUACAACUGUACCAGGACAGCAACUGUCAAGACUCUCACCAAUGUGAAGUUAUGGGCCAUCGACCGACAAUGCUUUCAGACUAUUAUGAUGAGGACGGGCCUGAUCAAACACACCGAAUACAUGGACUUUUUAAAAAGUGUUCCAACGUUCCAUGAACUUCCGGAGGAGAUACUAAGCAAGCUGGCUGAUGUCCUUGAGGAGACACACUAUGAGGAUGGAGAGUACAUCGUCAGACAGGGAGCCACAGGAGACACCUUCUUCAUUGUCAGUAAGGGAAUGGUCAAUGUGACCAGGGAAGACAAGCCCAGCGGGGAUCCUGUCUACCUCCGCAGCAUGGGGAAAGGAGACUGGUUCGGAGAGAAGGCCCUGCAUGGGGAGGACAUUAGGACAGCAAACGUCAUCGCUGCAGAGGCCGUUACAUGUCUGGUCAUCGACAGAGACUCCUUCAAGCACCUGAUUGGAGGGUUGGAGGAGGUGUCCAGUAAAGGCUGUGAGGAUGCUGAGGCCAAGGCUAGGUACGAAGCAGAGAACGCUUUCUUCUCCAUCCUCAAUCUACCUGACUUCAACAUCAUUGACACACUGGGGGUUGGUGGCUUCGGCCGCGUAGAGCUGGUCCAGCUGAAGAGUGAUGAGUUGAAGACUUUUGCCAUGAAGAUCCUGAAGAAGCGUCACAUCGUGGACACGCGGCAGCAGGAGCAUAUCCGCUCUGAGAAACUCAUCAUGCAGGAGGCCCAUUCUGACUUCAUUGUCAGACUGUACAGGACUUUUAAGGACAGUAAGUAUCUCUACAUGCUGAUGGAGGCUUGUCUGGGAGGAGAGCUGUGGACCAUUCUUAGAGACCGGGGUUCGUUUGAGGACUCUACCACUAGGUUCUACACAGCUUGUGUGGUGGAAGCAUUUGCCUACCUGCAUUCCAAAGGCAUCAUCUACAGAGACCUCAAACCAGAGAACCUUAUACUCGACCACAGGGGCUACGCCAAGCUAGUGGACUUUGGCUUUGCCAAGAAGAUAGGGUUUGGGAAGAAAACGUGGACGUUCUGCGGAACACCAGAAUACGUGGCACCAGAGAUCAUUCUGAACAAAGGCCAUGACAUCUCAGCCGACUACUGGUCUCUAGGAAUCCUCAUGUUUGAGCUCCUCACCGGCAGCCCUCCCUUCUCUGGCCCUGAUCCCAUGAAGACCUAUAACAUCAUCCUGAGGGGCAUUGACAUGAUCGAGUUUCCAAAGAAGAUCACCAAAAACGCUGCCAACUUAAUAAAAAAACUAUGCAGGGACAAUCCUUCAGAAAGACUGGGAAACUUGAAAAAUGGUGUUAAAGACAUCCAAAAACACAAAUGGUUCGAGGGCUUUAACGGGGAAGGUCUACGGAAGGGAACUCUGACACCCCCUAUCAUCCCUAAUGUGACAUCAUCGACGGACACAAGUAACUUUGACAGCUUCCCAGAGGACAAUGAAGACCCUCCCCCAGAUGACAACUCUGGCUGGGACAACGAUUUUUAAACGUCACCCCCCCACCCCCAAUACCAAAUUAUCUUCUGUCAUUGGCCUGGGGGCCUACUUCCUGAUGUUGUGUCAUUCUAAAGACUGUGGUAAAUAGGAAGAGGAGAGGAAGAGGACCACAACCGCUGUGGGUCACCGAUAUGCCUUCGCUAUACGUGGCUCUGGGACUAGAAUUUAAUGAACUUAGCAUAUCCUCAGUGUUCGCUCUCUCACACAGACACACACACACACACACACACACACACACACACACACACACACACACACACACACACACACACACACACACACACACACACACACACACACACACACACACACACACA